AUGAUUUCCAUUGUCUCUGUUAGCACAUUGAUGACUGCUUUGGGCUCAACCAUACCCACGCCAGGAGUUCCACAGUUGAUGAAGGAAUUUCACUCAGAUAAUGAUCUCCUGGAGAGAUUCGUCAUUUCCGUCUAUGCGCUAGGCUUUGCCUUCGGUCCCCUAGUCAUUGCGCCAUUAUCGGAGACCUACGGCCGACUUCCCGUUUGCCUCACCUGCAAUCUGAACUUCUUGAUAUGGUGCAUUGCUUGCGCUAUCGCUCCAAACAUGGCAGCCCUCGUUAUAUUUCGUUUCCUUGCUGGCGCUUUCGGAGCCGCACCGUUCACACUUGGCGGAGGCACAAUCGCAGAUAUCGUGGAUCCAGCACAAAGAGGGACGGCCAUGGGUAUAUGGAUGGGCGGACUGACGGUAGGACCCGUGAUUGGACCCACUUUCGGUGGCUUCAUAAGUGCCUACCUUGGUUGGAGAUGGACCUUUUGGAUCCUUUCCAUAAUUGCGGGAGUUAUAUGCGGUAUUAGUAUCAUAUUCAUGAGGGAGACUUUUGCCCGGGUCCUACUUGCACGAAAAGUGCAACAGCUUCGAAAAGAGAGCGGAAAUCCAGAUUUGAAGUCACGUCUAGACAAAGAGGAUUCCACUGCAAUUCUGUUGCGCUUGUCAUUCAUUCGACCGGCAAAAAUGUUCUUCAAAUCAGUCAUGCGUGUGUCUACUCUGCAUCUAUGUUGCUAUUGUUUACACUAUGAUGUUCAUGGUCAGUACGGGAUUCCCACCUCCACAUCAGGACUGGUCUACUUGGGUUGGGGCAUUGGCUCUAUCAUAGGUCAAGCUACAUACACCACUGUGUCGAACCGCUUUGUAGCACGAAGCAUCGCCAAGGGUACUUUUAAGCCUGAAGAUAGACUACCACUCAUAGUUCCUGGUGGCAUCUUGUUGCCAAUAGGCCUCAUUUGGUACGGAUGGUCAGCUCAAGCUGAGGUUCAUUGGAUUGUUCCGAUAAUUGGGACCGCUGUCGCGGCUAUUGGGCUAACGAUAGUAUUUGUGCCCGUUGCUCUUCGGUCUCUGUGUGCCGCUGUCAUCCCAUUACGUGGCCAGACCUUGUAUGAUAAAUUGGGAAUAGGUUGGGGAAAUACACUCUUGGCACUUGUCGUGCUGGGAUGUAUACCUAUAACCCUGGUCUUUUAUUUCUAUGGUGAAAGGAUUCGUAAGAGAUAUCCUCUAGUCAAUCUAUGA